AUGAAAUUAUUUAAAUGGUUGUAUAAAACUAGGACUGCGAAACAAAAUAAUAAUAGUAAUUUAGAAAAUAAUUCCUCAAAAGUCAUUGACAAAAUUCCUAAAGUAAAAAAUAAAACUCAAGAUUUAUGGAAUGUAUGGAAUUUCGAAUAUCAGAUUUAUGGUUUAUCACAAAUCGCAAGAGGUCUUUAUGAUAUACAUAACGUAGGGAAAGUUCAUAAAGAUUUUCAUUCAGGCAAUAUAUUGUUUAAUAGUAUUCCAUAUAUUAGUGAUUUGGGAAUGUGUCAACCAGUUAAUGAAAGUAAACAAUCAGAAGGAAUUUAUGGAGUACUGCCUUAUAUUGCUCCUGAAGUGUUGCGUGGAUACCAAUACGUGAAAGCAUCAGAUAUUUAUUCGUUUGGAAUAGUGAUGAAUGAAUAUCUUUCGGAAAAGAUCCCUUAUUGUAAUGUUCCUCAUGAUGAUAUUUUAGCUGUUAAAAUAUGUAAGGGACUAAGACCAAAAAUUGCUAAUGAAACUCCAAACUUGCUUUCAGAUUUAAUUAAAAAAUGUUUGGAUGCUAAAGUGGGAAAUCGCCCAACUGCUAAAGAAUUAUACCAGACUUUAGAAAAAUUGAGUAAUGAACAAUUGAAUCCUAAUAGUGAUAUUUAUGCUCAAAUAGAAGAAUGUAAAAGGAUUAGAGCAAACAUGUUUCAAAAUGAAUCAAAUGAAAUUUCUGAAUGUUUAGAUACUCAAAUAAGUGAAGAUAUAUCGUUUUAA